GAGUUUGUGUCCUUGGCGGAGAUGGAGGACACCCUACUGAAGAACCUUUUCCAAGGCUACCAGCGCUGGGUCAGGCCCAUCCAGCACGUCAACGACACUAUUAGGGUCCGCUUCGGACUCAAGAUCUCCCAGCUGGUUGAUGUGGAUGAGAAGAACCAGCUAAUGACAACUAACGUCUGGCUUUGUCAGGAGUGGAUCGAUUACAAGCUGCGAUGGAAUCCCGACAAAUACGGAGGAAUCACUUCCAUCAGAGUCCCCUCUGAAAAUAUUUGGCUCCCAGACAUCGUCCUCUAUGAGAAUGCUGAUGGGAGGUUUGAGGGCUCUCUGAUGACAAAAGCCAUUGUCAAGUUCAAUGGUGCCAUCACCUGGACACCACCUGCAAGUUACAAAUCCGCAUGCACGAUGGACGUCACCUUCUUCCCAUUCGACCGCCAGAACUGCACCAUGAAGUUUGGCUCCUGGACAUAUGAUGGUAACAUGGUGGACCUGGUCCUGAUAGACAACCAGGUAGACCGGAAGGACUUCUUCGAUAAUGGGGAGUGGGAGAUCCUUAGUGCCACUGGUGUCAGAGGGAACAGGAUGGACGACACGUAUUCGUACCCCUUUCUCACAUAUUCUUUCAUUCUGAAGAGGUUGCCGUUGUUCUACACCCUUUUCCUCAUCAUCCCUUGUUUGGGUUUGUCCUUUCUGACUGUCCUGGUGUUUUACCUUCCCUCGGAUGAAGGAGAAAAGCUUUCACUCUCCACCUCUGUCCUUGUGUCGCUCACUGUGUUCCUCCUGGUCAUAGAAGAAAUCAUCCCCUCCUCCUCCAAGGUGAUCCCGCUCAUUGGAGAGUACCUGCUGUUCAUCAUGAUAUUUGUAACACUGUCAAUCAUCGUCACUGUCUUUGUCAUCAACGUGCACCACCGCUCCUCAGCCAGCUACCACCCCAUGUCGCCGUGGGUCCGUAAUCUCUUCCUUCAGAAACUCCCGAGGUUGCUCUGUAUGCGUGGACACACCGACCGCUACCACUACCCAGAGCUGGCUCCUGAAAGCCCCGAGCUCAAGCCUCGCUCUGGAGGUCGGAAAGGAGGCCAGAAGGCGAACAGCGGAACUCAAGGACAGACAACUUCUGAUGGGAAGGAGGACGAGGCCUGGGCGACCAUGUUGGACAAGGCUAUCUACUCGGUGCGUUACAUCAGCAGACACAUCCGCAAGGAACACUUCAUCCACGAGGUGGUACAAGACUGGAAGUUUGUGGCCCAGGUGUUAGACAGGAUCUUCCUGUGGGCUUUCCUCACCGUCUCAGUACUGGGCACUGUCCUCAUCUUCACUCCAGCUCUGUACAUGUUUUUUAAAAUCCCUCCUCCAACUGCAAGCGAGGAUCCACCUUCAAACUAG